AAGUUCCACAGCUUUGUUACAAACAAAAACAAUGUCUGUAAAUUGCAGAAAAUGCCGGCAGAAUUUCUGACUCACUAUUUUGGCUAAAAGAAGUCGUAUAAAACAGGCUUUGUAAGUUUUGUCAGGGUAUAAGUUAUAUUAAACGCUGGCUUUGAUGCAGAAAACCCGUCAGAACUUGCCAAUAUUUACAUAGUUACCAGAAUACAAAUUAUCAGACUUAAUGGCCGAUCCACGUUUACGACAAUUGACAAUUAAAACGGGCGUUGUGAAACGUUUGACAAAGGAGAAAACAGUUUGUGAAAAGGAAGUGGUUACAGAGCAGAACCGUUUGGAAAGAUUCAAGGGUGAAGGUGCAGAUGAGCACGUUCUAAAAAAACAAGAAGAAGUAAUAGCUGAGUGUCUUAUGAUGCUUCCAGAUACAUUACGCAGAUUAAGAAAAGAGUUAGAAACUCUUGAAAAAUUCUUGUCAGAGGAAGAAGAACUGAAGGAAACAAAAGAGUACGAAACUGCAAUACAGGUUGUAAAUGAUGCCAAGGAAGUGCUUGCUAAAAAGGAUUAACCAAUUCGAUUUACAAAAAAAUAUUCUAAUUUUAUAACCGCACAAGCAUAAUUCACCAACUCUUAAUACAAACACUAUUUUUAUUUAAUUGAAUUAAUCGUAAUGUCUGAAACUAGUGAAACAAUUUUAAGUAUCUCGCUGUUAAAAAACAGUAUUGAAACUAUACUUACAAAUAUUGAAGAAUUAGAAAGGAUUAAAUCCGAUAACGGAGAUUGGGGAAUACAUGUGAAUAGAUUGAAGCAACAAACAGAAAAGUUAAUAGAGAAAGUGGAGAGUGCGCCGUUAGAACAAUUAACUAAGGUGUUGAAGAAAAGAAAACUAAAACGUCAACGAAAGAAAUAUAAAUUAAAACAAAUCAAAGCUGAUGCUAAAAAUAGAACUACAUCCCAAAACAAGAAAUCAGAGAGAAUCUCAAACAUUCAACAAAGUAAUAAAUAUCCUUCGAAUCCGUCUUAUGUUAGAGACAUAUCUUCCGUAAAAAAGUGUCAUCAUAUUCGUUUGUUGAAGCAACAUGAUGCUCAACGUUUUCUCCGAACAUUUGAUUUAUUAAAAAAGCUACAUUUUUCACGUGGUCAGAACGUGCAUAAUACAAAAGAAUUUGCUGAACAACUACGUGAUUUGCGAAUAUUUUGGGGAAAAAUAUUAGAUGAAAAUAACAUAGAAUGUACACAAGAACGGCACGUAGAGGAUCAAUGGAAUGAGACUAUUUUCGGAUCCGCCGAACAUUCCUGCUAUGACGGUGAACAAAAAAUAAGCGACUUCCUACGAAUACGGCGCAUUUGGGAUAGCUACUUGACGCGUAGUAAAAAUGGUUCUUCUAUACCUGUUGGUUGGAUUUUUCCUAGUGAAAACGCCAGUUCAGAAUGGCAGCAAUACCGAAUCAUUUGACCAUGUGAAUGGUUGCGUUUACUUGUUUUUUAUGUAAUACUUUUUAAAUUAAUAAACUUUCACUACUUUUCAAAUAAAAUAUUGUAAACAAUACGUUAAAUUA